AUGAGCCUGUCAAUUGGUUUGCUGCUUCUGACCGCCAAUACUGUUCUUAAAGUCCACGGUUAUUCAAAUGGACGUGUGCAAAGUUCGUGUGAUUCCAUGAUUCCAGAGCAUGGUUUUGCAGCACAAGCAUCAACUGCUCCUUAUACUGUCAGUGCAAGUAACACCUCAUAUAAUGCUGGAGAUGAAAUCACAGUAACUGUGGCUGGAAAUCUGGGAAACAAUUUUAAAGGGUUUCUGCUUGAGGCACGAGCAACACCAGAAGGAGAUCAGCCACUCGGAACUUUUCGCAUCAUCGAUCCCAACACUCAAGCACUUGACUGUUCAGGAACGAAAACUGCUGUAAGUCACACAACAAGUGACAGAAAGCAACAAGUUAAGGCAGUCUGGAUAGCUCCACAACAAAACGUAGGAGCCAUUGAAUUCAGAGUAACUGUACUUCAUGAUAUGCAAUCCUUUUGGAUUAAUGUGCAGACAACUAUUAACUCCUCCAUUCCUGUCACUCCAUCCGAUGGAUCCACUGCACCAACCACCACUGCUCAAGCAGACUCAGUUCACAUCUCGGCUGAUCAAUGUGGCACCACAAAGUUCUGUUUCAUCAACCCACCAGAGUGCAAUCCAGAGCUUCCAAACUGUUACUUUAUGUCGGUGGCCAAAGGAAAUAACAGAGAUUAUAAAUUUGAAAUUAGUGGCAGCUCCAAUGGCUACAUUUCGAUUGGUUUAUCAGAUGAUAAGUUUAUGGGUAACGAUGAUGUUUAUAUUUGUGUGUUGGGAUCCAGUGGAAAAGUGAACCUGGUGCAUGCGUACACAACUGGAAGAACUACUCCCAUAUCUCGCUCUCUGGAAGCAAUUAUAAAUAUUACUACAGUUUAUGAGAAUGGAAUCAUUAAGUGUGCGUUCACUUCGAGAAACAUCACCACAGACAGGACGUACUACAUAUUGUAUGCACAUGGACCAGCCAGCAAUGGCUACAUUCAGAAGCAUCAAAGUGACCCAUACAUUUCACAAGUCAAAGUGGAUAUAUCUGCACCAACCCUGGCACUUGGAGGAACACGAAGUAAAGUGGUUAUCAAAGUUCACGGUGCAUUGAUGCUAAUCGCAUGGAUGUGCAUUGGAAGUAUGGGUAUGAUUAUUGCUCGAUACUUUAAGAGAGCUUGGAAGGGAAAGAGAUUCCAGAAGAAAGACCUUUGGUUUCAGAUCCACAGGUCCUUGAUGAUGCUCACUGUUGGAGUAACGAUUAUUGCCUUUGUGCUCUCAUUUGUGCAUGUACAAGGACUGAGCAGCAAUGCCAGCCCACAUCCUUUCAUCGGAAGCGUAGUAAUGGGCCUUACACUGUUACAGCCGACCAUAGCCGUAAUGAGACCUCCUCCCAGUGAAAGACGGAGAUUUAUUUUCAACUGGGUCCACAGAAUAACUGCACUGCUGACAAAGGUUUUGGCAGUGGCAACGAUAUUUCUUGGAAUUCAGCUAAUCACGCAGUCAAAUGGCCUGAUUGGGCACAUUAUGGGAGGAUGUGUUGCCUGGGAAGCAAUUUUCUAUAUCAUUAUGGAAAUUAUUCAGUGUUGCACGAGGAAUGAAUUGCAAGAAACCGAAGAUCAGAAGGUGACCCAGAAAACAAUGCUGCUGAUACUGUACUUCUGUGGAAAUCUGUUAUUUCUGCUAUUCCUUCUAAUCGGGAUCUCCAACAGCUGAACAGUACUAGAUACAAUGAUGAAUCAAAACCAUGUUGUAUCACAAGUUUAUUUUAAAUCUAGUUUUCUUAUAUUUUCCUAACUAUCCUAAGGUUUAAUAUAUAUUAAAAAAAAUAGGAUUCUCUUUAAUGAAGUCAGUAGAAUGCUGAAUGAAGGAAUACACAAUGAACUCUUUUUCAGAGGGAAGCAAUUCUUCUGAAUGUAAAGUUAAAGUACUAUAUUCUUGCUCUUCUGGAUCUUUCUGUUAUCACCAGCCUCCAGUACAGUUUAAGAAUAAUUAAGAAUGUGGUUAACUAAUGAGUCCCGAGUCUACUCUGUGGGCUAGGAUAUCUCAAACAUAUCCUAAUAUCCGUAUGUACUCCUAACUUUACAAAAAAAAAUGUUCGCCUCCUCGGAAAAUACUAUUGUGAUUAAUUUCAACAAUGAAUGAAUCAAUUUAUUUUUAUACGAUAAAAGCUAACACCUUUUAGUUAGCCUAAAGUUACUGUCCACACUUUCAUGAUUUCAAUGCACUUAAUUUAUUUCAUCUACUUAUUGCAACGCUUUCUUGUCAACAUCUGGUAUUUUACAACUUGGUGGUUUAAAGCUUGCCUGAAGAUCUGAGAAUUUAGCACCAGCCAACGUGAUUCAAGAGCUUUUUUUCUCUUGCAAGUGUGGGCGGUGGUGUCUUUGAAGUAAUAGAUUACAUUUCUUAUGAUGGUGACUUAUCCUUGUAUUAAAAAAAGCAUUCGAUUCAUUUAUGACUUUUGUUAUUCUGGUGACAUUGUUCUCACACAUUUCAUGCUGCUUUAUCAAGAGGUUCACAAUAAAUUCCUGAUAU